AUGGCCCCCCAUGCUCAUACACCCGACACAUGCUCUGCCGAUGAGAAUGGUAAACGCUGCCCAUGCCGCCGUUUUAUAAAACCCACGAAGCCGACCUCCGGGAAGCAGUUAUGCCGUGAUUGCGGUCACAUCGAAGGCGCUCAUCCAGAGAUUACAGUGGCUCCGAUACCUUCAAGUGAAUCUCAGCGUGUCCUGGAUAGUUUACGGCCUGCGGUUAAUAUUCUGCGGCUUGGCGAGGACACGACUGCCGAAGAAGCUCGAGUCGAAGCCUUAGCCAACUAUCGGCCGGGCAGCACAAAGGCCUCAGGGUCAUCCAGCAAGGCAUCCUCGAGCAAAACAGUAGGACGCUCCUCAGGUGGGAAGCUCACAACGAGCAAGGCUAAGACAGGUGGUAAUGCGGAGACAUCCGGCCCAAAAGACAAGUGGAUUAAUGUUGGGCAGGUUGUUCUUUUUCCUGAAGGUUUGGAAGAGUACACCCAGGAGCUAGAAAGUGGCGUCAAUACGUUCGGGGUUUCGUUCUCACACAGAGUCCCGCAAAAUGAGUACCGCAAAGCUCUCCGCAAUGCCCGCCUGAUCGUUCAUUGGGACGACCCAGGCAUGGCCGACCUGCUUCGCUUUAAGGCGUCCUGGAGCAUGGAUGCCAUCAACGAGCACUUCCUGAGGAAGGUCUUCCCCGAAGUAUUUGGGUUCCUCGAGCGAGAGUUCUCAAACCGAGUAGAGCCGGGUGAUGCGUUGUGGGCACUGAUGAACACGCAAGUGGGGACGCGUGGAAAGGUGUUUCUGUAUGAGAAGGAGAUAGUUACUGGAGAGUCUCUCAACGAAGCCAAGAAUCCGGCCUCACGAGGCUGGAAGGGCCAGACCCUUUUCUUCGUCCUCCGUCUAUCCAUCCCGGAUUAUAUCUGGUCCAAGAACGACCCUAAGGACGUCGACUGGUCAGCGAGUGUGCAGGUCGAUGACGCCACCAGUGUCACAGCUUCAUCGGCAAGAACAGUGACGAAAAAGGUGGCCCAGCCCGCUGUCAAGGGCCUUUCCUCGGACACUACUGGAGGUUCAUUGACUGAGAAUGGUGGCAAUGGUGAGGGUAAGAAGAGGGCCAUAGCCGGGGUCAAGGUAGCGGGACGAAGGAGGAAGAACUCCAAGGUGAAACCUGACGUGAAGGGAAAGGGGAAGGCGAAAGCGGUGGAAUCUGAGUCGGAGAGUUCUUGGGUGGGAGAGUCUGCUGCGACUGAUGAGAUGGAUGAUGAGGGAGAUGAGGACGAUGAGGGAGAUGACGAGGACGAUGGAGACGACGAUAACAAGGGCAAGACUGGAAUGACUAGUGUCAUUGAUCUCCGCAAUGCGAAGGACUCCGAUGAAGAAGACAACGACGAUGUCAUCUUCCCUCCAAGACUGACAACGACCCGCUCGAAAGCACGUCGUGUGCCAGCGGAAUCAGACGAUGAUGUACAGAUUGUCGAGGGACCGAGCUCUCUGACCACGCCAGCCCAAGCAAGUCCUCCAUCUGCAUCUGUGGCCGCAGCGAGUGGUACCUCAAAUCCAGGUAUCGCUGGUCCCACAUCCUUGCCAUCACUCGCCGGAACUGCAAGCAACACGAUCACCACCUCUGGCCCAUUGCUGACGACGUCUGUUCUCCAACUCCCCAACGGAGCCAUGACCCAAAUGCCAAGUUACUAUAAUCCUUCAUUAGGUGUCUCGUCAUCAACCACGACUCCGUCAUCCUCCUCCACUGCAACCCCAUCAUCGUCCACAACGACUCCAUCGUCCUCCACAGCGACCUCGACAUCAUCCAUAGCGACCCCGUCAUCGUCCACCCCGUCAUCGUACGGGACUGUCCUCGGACGUCGUCCUACCAGUACGCGUCCCAAAACCAAGUACGGAUUCCCGGAUCUUGGGAAGCCUUCCAAGAACCCCUGGAAGAAGCCAGCGAGUCGUGAGGAUGAUGAUGCGGAAGAGUAG